UUUUUUUUUUAUUCAGUGGGUGUGGCUUAUAUUCAGGUGCGCUUAAUAGUCCGGAAAUUACGGUACUUAAUGUCCAUGCGAAGCACAUCUUCCUACCCGUCUUUAGAUUCCCUAUAAGAAAAUAUUUGAGUGUAAGCAAAGUAACUCCACUAGUCAUGCAUUAUGAUACAGUAGAUAAUCAUGUGUCCUAUGUAUCAGAUCAUUUAAAUGUAAUUAAUAGUAUAUCUUCAUUUAGAAUAAACAAACUUAGUUGUCAUUGUCUUGUUUUUCUUUACAGAUGCCAUCUUUCAGAAGAAAAAUAGCCACGUUGGUUUACAGAGACCUGACUAGAGGCGUGAUAGCACGUACACCCUUGCCACCAACUUGGAUCGAGUAUAUUAUAACCAUGAAGACACUGAAAGAAAUUGAUCACCUCCAAACGUCUGGCUUUGGUAGACCCCGGCCUAGACACGGCCUUCAUCUCCUUCACUGGUUCGCCCAUGACUACGUCAAAAUCAACAUAAAGGGUGAAAUGGUGACAGUGCGAAACCCCAAGAAGAAGGUGUUUGGCUUUCACCGCUUCUUUGACAACAUAGUGGAGCAUGAUGGCCAACGUAACCAACUGCUACGAGACCAGGGUUUACCGUACUACCAAGUGGGAAAUCUGAAAGGCCCACGAUCUAAGAACAUGCCGGAUUAUGUCAGCGAAAACCACACAAGACAAAAUGACGACAGCAACAUAGACCGAAUUAUCAUUAGCCUCAAGUCAGACCUGGUGUUGGACAAGAUCUACGUGACCCAACAUGAUCAUUACAGAGGUGCUUUUGACCCCCAGCACACCUAUCGCAUCAGUAAGGGGCUGAUCAGUAUCAUCCGUAAUCUGGAGCUGGAUGAACUCCUGGAGCAGACUGGAUACUCUUAAGACUUUCCCCCCUGGCCAAGGGCAUAUAGACAGAGGCAUCGUACACAUCAUAAUUUUUUUAACCUAAUUUCUUAUGGUCAAAGUGAAAUAUUUAUUUUCUUACAAAUGUAUACUAGGCAUAUAUGAGGUCAUGUCUUCGAUAUUCCCCAUCCAUUAUGUGUUGUAGGAAAUUGUUAAUGUUUUUAUUUAGAUAAAGGGCCUUGUUUUCAGAUGUUUCACAUCUUGCCACAUUUUUUUGUUAUUUUUCCCCAACAAUUUCACCUGCAAUAUUUAUUGCCACACUAGUCGGAACUAGGAAACUGUUAUUAUAUAUGUGCCGCGUUCAACCAAUUAGCAAGUCAGAAAUGUCUGAGUUUCCUAGUUCUGACUAGCACAUGAACACGGCAUACGUGUGUAAGUGUGUGUGUGUGUGUGUGUGUGUGUAUGUUUCUA